AUCUCUACAUUUCAUCUUCUAUAUUCCAUAUUAAUUCAUACUCUUAAAACCUUCUUCAACUUAAUAAUUAUGGACCAAUCUUCAGUUCCAUCUUCUCCACCGCCGCCUCCGCCUCCGCCUCAUGUUCUAAUAUUCCCUAUUCCCGGCCAAGGCCAUGUAAACUCCAUGCUUAAGCUAGCCGAGCUUCUAUGCCUUAACGGCUUCCACGUCACCUUUCUAAAUUACGAGUACAUCCAUGAAAAUCUGGUUCUCUGUUCAGAUAUUGAACCUCGUUUUGCCAUUUAUUCCGGCUUUCAAUUCAAAACCAUUCCCAACUGCUGGCAACCGGGCGCCGCCGCCGGAAAUACAGGUGAUAGUUUGAGAGAAGUGUUGGUGGCCAUGAAAGUGAAGAGUAAGCCGGAGUUUAAGAAGAUUUUGAUCGAGGUUAAUGAUAGAACGCCGGUGACCUGUGUUAUCGGUGACAUGUUGAUGGGAUAUGUUCAUGAUGUUGCCGGCGAAGUUGGAAUUCCGGCGAUCCAGUUUCAUACAAUUGGUGCUUGUGCAUUUUGGACAUCUUAUUCAAUUGCUGAUGUUGUCGCUGCUCAUGAGCUUCCCGUCAAAGGAAAAGAAGAGAUGGACCGGUUGAUAACAAAAGUCCCCGGCAUGGAAACCUUUCUUCGACGUCGAGAUCUUCCAAGUUUCUGCCAAGAAAGUUCCGAUCCAAAUAUCCUAAUCAUCAAAAAUGAAAUGCGACAAUCCAAUUCGCUCAUCCUCAAUACAUUCGAACAACUCGAAGCACCCAUACUUUCACAAAUUCGCACACAUUACCCUAAAACCUACGCGAUCGGACCAUUACACGAGCUCUUAAAAUCAAAACUAAUCACCAUCAAUAGUCAAGAGCAAUAUUCAACCUCGAAUAGCACACGAGAAGUAGAUCGAAGCUGCAUUGAAUGGUUAAAUGAUCAGCCGAAACAUUCGGUACUCUACGUAAGCUUUGGUAGUACAACAAUAUUGACAAUAGACCAAUUCUUGGAAUUCUGGCACGGAAUUAUCAAUUCCAAGAAAAGUUUCUUAUGGGUUAUAAGACCCGAAUCCAUUACUAAUAGAAAUGGUGAUUUUCUUGAGAAAAUUCCGGUUGAAACUAGUGAAAAUGGAUAUAUAGUGAAAUGGGCGCCACAAGAAGAGGUUUUAGGACACAAAUCAAUUGGUGGUUUUUUGACGCAUAGUGGGUGGAAUUCAACUUUGGAGAGUAUAGUGGCGGGAGUGCCUAUGAUUUGUUGGCCUUAUUAUGCUGACCAACAAGUGAAUAGUAGACUUGUAAGUGAGGUUUGGAAGGUGGGAUUGGACAUGAAAGAUACUUGUAAUAGAGAGAUUGUUGAGAAGAUUGUAAAUGAUCUUAUGGUGAAUAGAAGAGAUGAAUUUAUGAGAUCAUUGAAUACAAUGAAAGAGUUUGCUAGAAAAAGUAUAGAAAAAGAUGGGUCUUCUUCUUGUAAUUUGGAUAGUUUGAUUGAAGAUAUAAGAUUGAUGAGCAAAUAAGGAUCCGAUAAACUAAUAGAUACAUUUAUAUAUCCGACGAGCUUUGAACUUCGUGUUAUGUUUGAUGAAGGUAAUAAUUUUUAUUUAAUUUUAUUUGUUGUUCUUGUAGCUCAAUCUAAUAAAUUGAUGUUUUUAAAAAAUAUAA